CCCGGAACGGGAGCCGGCACACGGCCCGGAAGGCCUCUAGGCUGCUGGCCCCGGCCGUGUCGAGGACCGCGUUGACGUCGUCCACGUCGUUCUGGAGCCCGGGCGCGCCGCGGCCAGCGCGGACCGUCCCCAGGCCUCGUCCAUGACUAUGAGCUGCCCGGAAGUGGUGUACCAGGCCUACUACCCCUACCUCUACCAGCGGCCCAGCGCCGCCGCGCACUCCUCGGCCAGGGCGGCGGCCUUCCCGCCCUUCUCGCACCAGUAUGACAGGUUCAAUGUGCAACGGUCGCUCGAGCAGCCCUCCUCCUCCCUCGGCGAGUCCUCGGCCGCGUCGGUGGCGUCGGUCGGCGCCGCGAGCAGCGCGGCGGGCAGCGCCGGCGGCUCCGGGUACCUGGGGCUGUCCCACCACCCCCCUUCCUCCGUGGGCUCCGUCUCCUCUGGGGGCGGCGGCGUCGGAAGCCCUGGGUCACCGCCUCUCUCCGCCCCCUCCCUGCCCCGCCACAAGGAGGAGGACAGCGGCGGACCCCGGAGUGCCGACGCAGCAGUGGCCGACGACGAGGAGACGGAGGCGCUACACGCCGUGGACCUGGACUCGAGUCGGGACAGCGCGCACGGGCACGGGCAGCACGGCCACGCGCAGUACCUGUCCGCCAACUGCGUCGUCUUCACGCACUACAGCGGGGACGCCGCCAGUGUGGUGGACGAGCACUUCACCAGGGCCCUGGCCUACGCGGACACCAAGGCAUCGGCACUCGGCAAAGAGAGCUCGCCGAUGACGGCCAGGAACUUCCCCGCCUCCUUCUGGAACAGCAACUACCACGCGUCCGGCCUGGGCGGCAUGGCGGGCGUGGGCGGGCUGGGCGCCGCCGGCGUGGCGGGCAUGGCGGGCAUGGGGGUGCCCGGCGUGUCGCACCACGGCGACCUCUACGGCGACCCCUACCACCACGCCGCCAGCACCCCCACGGACCCCUGGCACUACCCGCAGUACAGCGCCGCGGCGCACCACCACAGGGCGGUGCACGAGUACCACCACCACCACCACAACAUGGCGGCGCAGUACGGCGGCCUGCUGCUGCCCCCCGCGAGGCUGCCCGCGCACGCCCACCAGUACAGCAAGGAGUGGGCGCCCGGCGGCCACCACCCCCACCACGCGCACCACGGCCAGAGCGUGGCCCACCACCACGGGCUGGAGGCGGGCCCGGCGGGGUACUCGUAUCCAGGCAUGGCAGGUUUGGAACCCCAGGUGCAGGAGACUUCAAAGGACCUCUACUGGAUCUGAAAAACUGCGUGCUUCGUCGACUCAGACAAGGACGCUUUUUAAUUGUGAUGAACGUGUAAAUAUAUUUUUUUUUGUAAUUUAUAAAUGAAAGAGACACUGUGAAACUUUUGGGAAGAAAGUACGUGACAUAUCUCAGAGUGUGGAGUCACGCGAGUGUUGAGUGAACGAAUCAAUGGAAUUCGCUGUGCGGAGUGUAAAUAUCUCAUGAGAACAGACAAGUAUACCAGGCACGCGUUUUGCUGAUGUGUUAAUGCACAGUUCGGUUCAUUGGCGGAUCCUAUUGCAAAGGCCACUGGCCACACUAUUAAAUUAGCCAUGUAUAUUUUGUGAAAUUAAUUAGCAAACCGAAUGGAAUUGUGUUCUUGUUUUCUGAGUUCUGUUGUUGCGAAGGUAUUUGUGAAACGACCAGCGCAAAAAGUUAAGUCACUCCACGAGGAGCCCCCUGGGUCAGUGUGGGCGAUAUGGACCACUUCUUGUUUUUACUUUCUCUCGAUAAUUUUUGUUACCCUGUAUCUUUUCCACCGUUAGAGAUAUUUAUAAAAUGCUUCUGCAAGAUUGAUUAUGUAUAGGACUGUAUUUAUUAUCGUUAUUUCUUCUAAACAUUACUUGUUUACACUUGCGCGCCGGAUUGCGCCGGUUUCAAUUAUUUGUAGUAAUGCGGCAUACCGUGCUGUCCUUUGGCAAGGCCGUGCCUCGGACCUCACGCCAAGGCCGAGGCCGAGGCCUGCGUCCAGUCAUACGACGCCUUCGAAACAGGCCUUGGAAGUACCAGGUGCCUAGGCAUGCCUGCAGGUACCUCGGAGGGGUGUUUGGGAGGCUGCGGAAUAGUAUUGACAAGGCAAAGUCAAUAUUUGUUACUUAGUCUGAUGAGAACUGUGAUAUAGCGUGUCCGGCGCAAUCCACUAACCACAGUAUAUCCUAAAGCUGCAUGGCGAUUUACUCUGGUUAUAAACUGGAGUCACGAGCUAUUGUUGGAUUGCAGUAGAGCAAAGCAAACUGGAAUAUUAGUGUUUCAGGCCGUGUUAUGUUUGCUGGCAUUAUGGCAGCACCCUGUUUCUGUAAAUACGACACCAUGUAAUCAUCAAAUAGUGCAAAUACUAAUUGUAAUUCUACAGUUAGACAAGUCUCCUCAUAUAAUAGAGUAAGCUGAUAAGUGAAUUUGUUGUGCAUUUUGUUGUACUUGGCAGUUUUUGUCCAAUGCUAUGCGUUAACACUACUGUACUCUGUAAUUGUACCACUGUAAGUAUCUUACGGCAUAUUGCAUUGACCACUCGUUUAAAAGGAAUUUUCGCGCCUAGUGCCUACUUUAUUCUUAACUUUAUUUCUCCUAUCCUGUACCGCAACGAACCAUGGGAAACUGCGUUUCUUCAAAAAGAAAGAUUUAAUUCAUGCUGUUUUAGAAGAUGCCUUUGAAGCACGCCAAUUAAAAUAACAUGUCUGUGUUCUGCCUGCAUGCUUAUUUCAAUUUGUUCCGAUUAUACAAAGUUUCAAUAAAAAAUGAAGUACGCUCCUUGA